AUGAUUAUUAAAUCAUUUAAAAAGUGUGGUAUUUCAAAUAAAUUGGAUGCAACAGAGAAAGAUUUAUUGUAUAAUUUAGAUAAUAAGAAUAGUGAUUUAGAUAGUAAUGAAGAUUUACUUGAAAUAGUAGAUGAAGAUAGUUUGUCUGCUGAAGAAUUAGAAUUA